AUGGAAUUUAUGGUAUCAUCAUCUGUGUCACUAAAGCUCAUGGUUAUUUUGCAGGAGAAACUUCUGAAGAGAAUGGGCUCUUUAAGGAAAAUGACCCAAGAAGUGCAAAACAGUCUGAAUCAAGAAGCUAACAAAACUCAGUGGUUAGAGAACUAUGCGGCCGUAAGGAAGGUGAUGAUCAAAGUUCAGUAUCAGAGGAUGCACCUCUUUCUCCGGGAGGAGGAGCAACUCCAUCUGGAGGCACUGGAGAAAGAAGUGAAGGAGACUCUCCAGCAACUCAGGGAGAGUGAAUUCAGAAUGACUCAACAGAAAGAAAGUCUGAAAGAAAUGUACAGAGAGCUGACUGAGAUGUGCCACAAGCCUGCCAUGGAGCUGCUCCAGGUGAGAAGGGAGGUUCCAUCCAGGACUGAUUUGGUACAGAUGCAAAAGCCUCAGCCAGUGAACCCAGAGCUAACUUCCUGGCCUGUCACUGGAAUCCUAGACAUGCUGAACAACUUCAGAGUGGAUAACGUUCUGAGUCAGAAAACGACCAUUCACAAUGUGAGCCUUUCUGAGGAUGAUACAACUAUGAUAUAUGGAGAUGACCAUCAUGGCGUGUCCAGAGAGCUCCAGGGUGCAGAGAGUUUUGUGGCCUGGGGAGCUGUGGCCUUCACCUCCGGGAGGCAUUACUGGGAGGUGGAUGUGACACACUCCUCGAACUGGAUUCUGGGAGUCUGUAAAGAUAUCUUGACAAGCAAUGCUGUUAUCAGUAUUGAUUCUGAAGAAGCAUUUUUGCUAUUUUCUAUGAAAGUGAACAAUCAUUAUAUUCUGUCCACAAACUCCCCACCCUUAAUUCAGUAUGUGCAAAGGCCUCUGGGUAGGAUUGGAGUGUUUCUGGAUUAUGACAAUGGAACUGUGAGCUUCUAUGAUGUUUGCAGAGGUUCCCUCAUAUAUAGUUUCUUUCCUUCCUUCUUUUCCUCCCCUCUGAAGCCUUUCCUUUGCCUUAGGUCUCCAUGAAUAGUCAAGUUCCGUGACCAUUUAUUAGAUGAACUUCUCGUUGGAGGAAGUUACUGUCCUGAAACCUCAUGUGAGGCUACAGGAUGAUACUUGACUGUCUCUGAGCCUAUUGUAAUUUAAUGGAACAUAAUGAUGGUAUCUUUAUAAAAUGGCAUAGCCAUGUUGAAUGUAUAAAUUUGUUAAUUAAAUGAUCUAUUAAUAAAAACUAUUAUGGAGCAUUUUUAGAAUAUAAUCAAUAGAUAUCCUUUUUUAAAAAUAAUAUUUUUAUUAAAAAAAUUACAUAUCAUAAGGUUCAUUUACAUUUUAAGCAAUGUGUUUUUCUUCCAUAGUUGAACCAUAUUGGGGUAGAAGAAUGAAGUGGUAUAUAUCUCAGCUUAGUAAACAAAAGGAAUAGCUCAGUUUUUUCUUCAAGUGUGACCUAGUUGGUUGGAUCCAUGUAUUUGAAAGAUUUGGUCAAACCCUUUCUCUUUGUCAAACAUUUAGACUUUCUCUAAACCCUACUCAUUCAGCACAUCACAGCUCAUCAACAGCUUUUCCAGAAAGUUUUUCCUGACUCCACAGACCAGUAUAGUUCCUCUUAUAACACACUCUCUGAGCAUAUGUCAUCUCAUCAUAAUAUUCAACAAACUUUCCCCAAAUUACUAGAUGCUUUUUACUACCAGACUGAAAAUUCUGAGAGAGUAAAGAUGGCCUUUGACUUAUUUACUACUAUAUUCCCACUAUCCAAUGAAGCGCUUAGAACAUAACAAAAAUAAAUGUAAGGCAAAUGAAUGAACAAAUACAUGAGUGAAAGAGCUAAUACACAGAAAAAGUAUUCUAUCGUCAUUAAAAUUUUCUAAAAUGUAGCUAACAUAAUACACAUAAAAUACUAAUGAAUAAUGUCAACCAAAGACAGGAAAUUGACUUGCAGAUUCACAGCCUGUGAAAAUUACAUCCUAAAGUUUGAGAUAUCAAGAGCUAUAGAAUAAUAUUGUUUUACACAAUCAAUUUGAGAUUUCCCUACAAUGACCAAUAUAAUCUAAAGGAGAUUAUUACUUGCUGAGGGGACCUUCAAGAUUGCAGAGGAGUAAGAUGUGGAGAUCACCUUCCUCCUCACAAAUACAUCAAAAAUACAACUACAUGUGGAAGAACUCCUACGGAACACCUACUAAAUGCUGGCAGAAGACCUCAGACUUCCCCAAAGGCAAGAAACUCCCCAUGUACCUGGGUAGGGCAAAAGAAAAAAGAAAAAACAGAGACAAAAGAAUAGGGAUGGGACCUCCACUUCUGGGAGGGAGCUGUGAAGGAGGAAAAGUUUCCACACACUAGGAAGCCCCUUCACUGGCGGAGAUGGGGGAUGGCAGGGGGGAAGCUUCGGAGUCACAGAAGUGAACGCAGCAACAGAGGUGCAGAGGGCAAAGCAGAGAGAUUCCGCACAGAGGAACAGUGCCGACCAGCACUCACCAGCCUGAGAGGCUUGUCUGCUCACCCGCCGGGGUGGGUGGGGGCUGGGAGCUGAGGCUCUGGCUUCGGAGGUCAGAUCCCAGGGAGAGGACUGGGGUUGGCUGUGUGAACACAGCCUGAAGGGGGCUAGUGCACCACAGCUAACCGGGAGGGAGUCCGGGAAAAAGUCUGGACCUGCCUAAGAGGCAAGAGACCAUUGUUUCAGGGUGUGCAAGGAGAGGGGAGUCAGAGCACCACAAAAAUGAGCUCCAGAGAUGGGCACAAGCCAUGCCUAUCAAAGCGGACACCAGAGAUGGGCAUGAAACACUAAGGCUGCUUCUGCAGCCACCAAGAAGCCUGUGUGCAAGCACAGGUCAUUAUCCACCCCCCACCCGCCCCAGGAGACUAUGCAGCCCGCCACUGCAGGGGCCCCAUGAUCCAGGGAUAAAUUCCCCAGGAGAACACACGGCGCCCCUCAGGCUCUUGCAACGUCAUGCUAGCCUCUACCACCGCAAGCUUGCCCCGCAUUCCAUACCCCUCCCUCCUCCCAGUUUGAGUGAGCCAGAGCCCCCUAAUCAGCUGCUAUUUUAACCCCAUCCUGUCUGGGUGGGAACAGAUGCCCUCAGGUGACCUAAACACAGAGGCCAAAACUUAAAUUUAGGGUCAAAGGCAAAGCUGAACCCCAGGAGAUGUGCAAACAAAGAAGAGAAAGGGAAAUUUCUCCUAACAGCCUCAGGAGCAGCGGAUUAAAUCUCCACAGUCAAUCUCAUGUACCCUGCAUCUCUGGAAUACCUGAAUAGACAAUGAAUCAUCCCAAAAUUGGGGUGAUGGACUUUGGGAGCAACUGUAGACCUGGGGCUUGCUUUCUACAUCUAAUUUGUUUCUGGUUUUAUGUUUACCUUAGUUUAGUAUUUACAGCUUAUUAACAUUGGUAAA